UCACGCCGGAUCGUUCCGGCAUGAAGAGUAGUUCCUGCGCCGGGAGGUGGACGGGGCGGGGCUUAGUGUCAUGUGGCCGCCGUGACGUCACGGGCCGAUCACAUGAUCGGGAAAGGUCCCGCUCACGUGUGCUGGGAGCGUGCAGGGCGCACGCUCUCAGCACAUAUGUUUUUUGUUACAUGAACGCAUAUGUGCGGCCGCUCGACGUCUAGGCCCAGACACCGGGAGGGCGCACAUUUGCGUGUGGCCGGCAUGAAGGAGUUCAUUU